AUGUUGUCUCAAGCACUUCGCCUCAAGCUUCCCUCAAGACUUUUCUCCUCUACGAUAAGCAGCCUCGACAAGUCCUCUGUUCCUGCUGGCACAGUAUUGAACUUGAAAAUCAGAAAAAACGGAGAUGAGCCAGUGGCUUUAGAAGACAGCGAAUAUCCUGAAUGGCUAUGGGAAUGUCUCGAUAAGGAGAAGCAGGAACAGCGUUUGAAGGAACAGGACUUUAUGAAAUGGAGAAAAAAGCAAAUCAAUAAGGCCAACACUGCCAAGAUCAAGAACAACAACUUCAUUUCCCAAAUGUGA